GUGCGGCCGGGUGUAGCUGUUUUGAGAUUAGUGAGCUCCUUGUGGAUAUCCCCCAGCUCUACCAUGUGGACUCGAAAGCCCCGCCGCCCCGGGUUGAUGGCCGGCGGGGUGGAAGAGCUACGGCGCCGCCGACGGGAGCGGGAGGCAGCACUGCGGAAGGCGCGGAGGGAGCAGCAACUGGUCAGCAAGAGACUGCUGAGAGAGGACGACCCGGAGGAAGCCGGAGGGGAAUCUUCGGCCGCGGUUCUGGGAGAAGCCGAGGUCCAGGAGUUCUUGCGGCUAGCCCAGCGGGGUACAGAGGAAAAGGAGAGAGAGAAGGCUCUGGUCAAUCUUCGUCGAGGCUUGCAGCACCCUGAGACACAGCAAAUUUUCAUCAGGCUGGAGGGCAGCAUGCGGACCUUGGUUGGGCUCCUGACCAGCAACAGAGCCCUGUUGCAGCUUGAGGCAGCUCGGUGCCUGCAUGAGCUUUCUCAUUCUGAGCAGUCUGUGGUGGCUGAGGCCUGCCUGCCAGCUACUUCCUACCUCCUCACCUACCUUUCUGGUCACAGCUCAGAUUUCAUAGAGCUCUGUUUGUAUACACUGGGGAAUCUGAUCGUGGAGAGUGAGGUUGUAAGACAGCAGCUCCUGCCACAGGGCAUUGUUUCAGCCUUUGCUGCCUGCAUCCAGUCCCCUCAUGUGGCUGUGCUGGAAGCCCUUGGAUAUGCCUUGUCCCAGCUUCUACAGGCUAAGGAAGCUCCAGAGAAGAUCAUUCCCUCUAUCCUGGACUCCCUCCUCCCCCAGCACAUGCUGCGAUUGAUGCAACCUGGCCCCAAACUGAACCCUGGGGUUGCUGUGGAAUUUGCCUGGUGCCUUCACUACAUCAUCUGUAGUCAGGUGAAUAAUGCUCUGCUCAUCACCCAUGGGGCUCUGUCUACUCUGGGGCUACUGCUGUUGGACUUGGCGGGGGCUGUCCAGAGAACGGAGGAGGCAGGACUGGAGCUGCUCGCAUGCCCUGUGGUCCGGUGUCUAAGCAACCUGCUGACAGAGGUGGCAGUAGAGGCUGUGGGAGAGCAAAUGCAACUCAAAGAUGAACGUAUUGUGGCAGCCUUAUUUAUCCUCUUCCAGUUCUUCCUUCAGAAACAGCCCAGCCUGCUUCCAGAGGGCCUCUGGCUACUCAAUAAUCUCACUGCAAACAGUCCUACUUUGUGUACCUCCUUGCUUUCCUUGGAUCUGAUUGAGCCCCUCUUGCAGCUGUUGCCACUAUCUAAUGUGGUUAGUGUACUGGUACUCACAGUUCUUUGCAAUGUUGCAGAGAAGGGUCCAGCUUACUGCCGGCAGCUGUGGCCAGGACCCCUGCUUCCCUGCUUGCUGAACACGUUGGCCCUCUCUGAUACUGAAGUAGUAGGCCAGAGUUUGGAGCUGCUACAGCUGCUAUUCCUGUAUCAGCCAGAGGCUGUCCAGGCCUUCCUGCAGCAAUCGGGGCUGCGGGCUCUGGAAAGGCAUCAGGAGGAGGUCCAGCUUCAGGAUCGGGUGCAUGCCCUCCAGCAGAUAGCUCUUCGCAGCUGACCUGGCUUCUCAAUGUCACACAUUAUCCUGCUUCCCAAGCUUCUUUUAGGGGUAAACAAUGGCGUCUUUGGGAUAUUAGAACCAUCAUGAGGUCUCAUGCUCUUUGCUCCUGCACCUAAGCCAACACCUUUGGAGCCCAGUUGCUCAGAUUUUUACCCAGCAUGGCCCAGAGGGGACUCUCUGGCUCAUUUAUUCUGGAGGCCCUGGACCUCCCCCAUCCCCUACGGUCCCCCCUUUGGGAUGGGGUUGUACUGUGUUGCCCACACUGGUUUCAUACUCCCAAGUGCUCCUCUUGCCUCACCCAAGUAGUUGGAUGACAGGUGUCUGCCACUGCACCUGGGUCAGCUGGUGGCUUUUGAUAAUA